AAUUGAUAAAGUAAAUGUGGAAAUCUCACUAGUUUUCAACAGUAUUUACAAUAAUGAAGAACAUUAAGGUAUGGAUCAAAUUGGCGGUAUUACUUUUAAUACAAUUUGAUUUAAUAGCAAUGGAACCUGUCUGGUACGAGGCUAGUGAUGGUAUAAAAUAUCUAAUAGAGACCGAGGAAAAGUUUAAUUGGUAUCAAGCCUGGAAUGAAUGUGCCCGUUAUGAUGCCGAAUUGAUAGCUAUAGAGAGUGAGGAGCAGAAUCGUAUAAUAAUGAAAUUGUUAAGGGGUCUGAAUGAUAAAAGCAAAAACUUAUGGAUUGGCGGGAAAUGUGAUUUAUGAUAAAAUUUCCUUUCAUUGGGCUAACAAUGAGCAAGAAUUCACCUUUUCCAAUUGGGCAUUCGAGGAGUUAGAUAAAUUGGCAACCAGUAAGCAAUGCGUUUAUAUAAUGAAACAUCGAAAGAAUAUGCCUUGGAAUAUUGUUAAUUGUGAUGCUAAAGAAUUUGGUUUUAUAUGUAAAGAAGUUAUCACCAGUGGAGUAACUGAACAGACAGACAGUUUUAAGGAAAAAGUAAUUCUAAGUGGUCAAAUGUAUAAUGGUAGUAUUUAUGGUUUAAUUGGUUAAAUGAUGCACAAUAAAUGUAGAAAAAAUACUAACUAAUUUUCACAAAAAAAUUACAUUUAGCUUAAAAGUAUUUAAAAUAAAAAAGAAAUAAACAUUUUCACUCCCCCUUUUAACCCUAGUCGUUUGACAUAAAAACAGAAUUCUUUUAAAUAAAUAAUACAUAUUGUCUAAAUCAAAAAAA